AUGGAUAUAUCUACAAUGCAGAACGUUCUCCAAACCCAUUUGGUAUCACCCACCAUCGCCAAAGAAAAACUACAAUUUGAUAAAAAGACACCACGCAGAAGUCUAGCCGAGAUGAGUUGGCAAAAGGGUUCCAAAAUACUUCCAGAUUUUUUCCCACCAAACACCACGCAAAAGAAAAGUUUAAGACAACAAACAGGUCUUUCUGCUGUAAAAAGAGUUACAGUGAUAAAGCAGUACUCGUGGGAAAAUGAAGAGAACGGUUUCUCUGAGGCCCAAACCAUUGCUGAAUCGUGGCUGAUGUAUUAUGGUUUCGAUGGCCUCGAUGUGAGGAUUUCAGCCCGUUUAUGAUGUUAAAAACAUGCAUCAAUACAAUUCUAUUUCUAUGUUUGACUCUUGUAAGCUAGAAAACGGAUAUGAAUCUGAUUUCUCUGUUGUUGUAUGUUGUCACUGAACGCCAUAAUUCAGCAUCAAUACGAAUAUAUGCAAAUAAUUUAUGAAGUUACUUAGGAUUUUGAUUUACCAUACUUUGGAUUUUUUCAUGAAGGCUUUUCCAUUCAUAAUGAUGACUGACCGAACCAAUACCUUGAUUUUAUCACGUAAACUAUGUUCAAAAGCAAAGCAGUACUUAUUUCCUAUCAUAAUUUAUCAGAGAUACGUGCUUCGAUUAUAG